AAACUGAAAAUUAGAAGUGCUGACAAUACUGACGCUGUCAUCUUUCUUGUUUGGUUGCGUGCCUGCUUGAAAGAAGGCGUCUUGUUUUCUUCAGAUUCAGGACGGCUGUCAAGCGCUCUCUACCUGAAACUUUUUUGUACGCAUACUCGGCGAGCAGCAAGAGCUUUCCUUGAGAACACGUCCUCCGCAUUUGUGCGAAUUGUGCUCCGAAGAAGAUGAGGACGAGUUUGAGCGUGUGCUGCGCGGUGGUGCAGCUCCUAGUCGUCGGCAUGCUCGUGUCCUGCGUAGCCUCAGGCAAUAACCAGACCAUUGCAGCAAACAAUACGACCCUAGCACCAGCCACCCAGCCUGGUAACAUUACAGUUUCUGCCACAACAACAUCAAAACCAAACAUUACAUCACCAACUACUUCUUCCAGCACUGUGAAAAAUAUUACAUCUACAGCUUCCACUGCAGGCAAAACCAGUUUGCAAACAACAGCAAUAAAGAAUGUAACAUCUGUUUCAACUUCUGCUAACACCAAAAGCACCACUACAAGUACAUCAUCUGCUGGUACAGCUUCAUCACACAUUGGUUCAAAAUUUGAUGCUGGUAGUUUCAUUGGUGGCAUUUUACUGACCCUGGGAAUGACUACUCUUCUGUUUCUGGCCUACAAGUUCUCCUUUGCAAGACGUGAAGUGCAGUACCGAACACUUGAUGAACAUGACGCCAUCAUUUAAAAGCAGCAGUCGAGUCAAAGGGCUGCCACUAUGAACACCGGCACGUGGAGAUGACUUUGCUGAGGUUGCUUUAUAUAAAAGAGAAGAUUUUGACUAAGUACAGUACUUUGACUUUUAAAGAAGUUUCUUUAUUACACAAGCAUUUAUUCUUUUUGCUAUAUUGGCUUAUUUUGGCAGUAAUGAUUUGUUGUAGAAUACGUUGCUUUUACACUUGAGCUACUUCUGCCAACAUUUGUGUUUUUUGAAGACUUUUUUUUUCCCUAUGAAUGUUACGAUAAAUACGUAAAGUAUAUGUUAAAUGCAAACCACUUUUAAAUGUGAUGGGCAGGAUAAUUGUGGAGAUUUAAAUCCAGUAAAGUUUAGGAAAUGUUUUUAACAGGUAAUGUAACAAUGGAUUUUUGUUAACAAAUAUUCUCCAAAAAUUGCUAAGGAUAAUCAUUGAUUUGAAUGUGGUUUGUAAAUGUUUUGUUUAUAAAUUAUACUGUAAUUUUUUUUUUUUUUUUUGGACAGGCCUGAAUAGCAUUCACAAGCUGUUUAAGAUAUUAAACCUUAUGGUGCCUUAGGCGGAAUUUACUCCAGCAUUGUCUUGCACUAUCUGCCAUUAAUACUUGAUUAAAAGGGAUAAUUCCUUAUUUUUGUGUAUGCAUAUUUGUGAAUUCAUUUCUUUAUACACCAUUUCAGAAAGACAGGCCAUUGCACCAAUUGUCUGAAAAAGUAGUCCUAUUUGUUUUCUGCUUAAUUCUCAUUUGUAUUAAUUUACUUUAAGCCUUUUAUCAGCAUUCUCUGUCUGGGAAAUGUCUUUUGUAUAAGUUAAAUUUUUGUCACUUCUAUCAAUGCAUUGACUUAAUUGUUUUCAAAUGAUAUGUGGUUAAUGCAUAUUUUCUUGAUUGGUUACCAAAAAGUAAAACUAGAACUGUGCAUGUGAGAAACUCCAGAUUGUAGUACAAUCUGUAGUGCUCCCAGCAAAAUAAGAAAAAUGAUCCUGGGCUAUAAUCCAACAUUAGGAAAAUUUUGUUUAGAUUAACGUUUUUUUGAAAUGUUUUUGUUAUCCCAUUAAAUCUGCACUAAAUUGAGACAUACGUUACUCAGUAUAAUAUUUCUUGUAUACUGCCUUUUUAAUUAAAGGCAAAGGGAGGUUUCUGCUGUACCUCACUGUAGAUAGCCGGUGGUUAGAGGAGCAUUAGAUAAUCUUUCCAGGCUGGAAUGAAAUGUGAGAAUUCUGCAUAGAUUUUUUACAAGAAGUGAUUCGUUAUGAUUGGGCAGUAGCUUUCAGAAAACAGCUGGAAAGUGUAAUGUCUGGUUUCGCAGUGGAUGUGUUUUUUUAAUGUGUAUUUCUUUUUGUAUACAUUAGACAUUAAAAUGCACUCUUAACUGAACAUAUUGUCAUUUCAGCCAUCUAGCUCUGGAGAAUUUUAUGAAAUAAAGAUAUGAAUAUCUUUCGUUUUUUUUUUUUUUUUUAAUCCUUAAUGUCAUCUCUUCUGGAUGAACUGUAUGUCAUUGCUCAUUAAUCAUUCAGCCUUGUUUUAUGAUGAAUAAAGACAAAUUGAACAUGUUAAA